AUGAGCACGCUUCAAUCGAUUUCUACAUUGGUCAAAAUUGAUCAUGCUGAUGUAAAGCAAGCCUAUCAGAAUUAUGUCUUAGCGGAAGGCAAUCUUGACGAACAAAAACGUUGGAGUAAUGAAUUCCGAUGGGGACUUGCUCGACAUAGUGUAGCCGAAGAACUCGUUGUCUAUCCAGCUUUUGAAAAGUAUUUGGGUGCCGAGGGAAAGCAAAUAGCACAUCAAGAUCGUGCUGAACAUCAAGAACUCAAAGAGCUCUUGAAAAAGCUCGAAACAAUAUCGGUGUCCGAUCCAAGUUAUCGUGUGACAUUCGACAAACUUGUAGGAUUUUUAACAUCACAUAUUACGGGUGAAGAACAAAACGAUUAUCCUAAACUUGAAAAUGCAAUCACACCUGAACAAAGUGAUUCACUUGCUCGAUCAUACGAACGAACCAAAAUGUUCGUUCCUACGCGAUCUCACCCGAAUGCGCCUGACAAGCCGCCUUUUGAAACAGUUGUUGGUCUUCUAACAGCUCCAAUUGAUAAACUUCGAGACUUAUUCAGCAAAUUUCCUGUUGACAAAUGA